AUGAUCACAUUUAGCAGAAGCAGCAUCGUCGACUUCAGCCGGGGCGUCUUUUCCCUGCAGCUACUCCCUGACCUGUUGCUCCUGGUGCGAUCGCGAUCGACGGGGACAGACGCUAGUAGGAGCGCGGCCGUGUGCGUGUUCACACCCUUUUAUCCUGACCAAGUUUGGGGAAGGUACGGCUACGGCUUGUUCCAACCCGUAACCGGCGAAUCGAUUUUCCGGCUGCGGCUUAUGAAUACCGAGUCAGCCCGCUCCGAUUGGGUCGAUUCUUCGUCAUGA